CUUGUUUCGCUUACCUGCGGCUGCGGGUGUUGCAGUGACUCUCUGCGCCUCGUAGUCAUCACCCAGUUCUUCAUACGUCGACUUCUCCGGUGUUUUAUAAUGUCUCCUACGUUUUAGUUUCGUUAUCAGUUUCCCAACAAUAGUCAUCGAUGAUCCGAAAUAAGGAAUCAACGUGAAUGUGAAUCUCCGGAACUAUUUUUCUACCGCACUUUAUUUUUUAAGUUUCAAGGUUUAAACUUUCACAUGCGCUGUAGCAAUGCCGACUUCACCAAAGAAAAAUGUCCGAGAAAAAAAGAGACUACAGCUUGACUGGAGGUUUGUGCAGAGGUUUCUCAGCAUCCAGAAGGUGCUGUUUCCAUCCUGGACCAGCCAGAGCGUGCUUAUGUUCGGAACGCUUCUAGUGCUCACCUUGACGGAGCAGCUGAUCAUUUACCAGGUGGGUAUCCUUCCCAGCCAGUUCUACAUGGUGUUGGCUGACAAGGAUUACGCAGCCUUCCGCAACCUGAUCACCCUUGCUAUACUGCUCAUCCUGCUCAACUCCACCCUGAAGAGCCUGGACCAGUACAUCUGCAGCCAGAUGUAUGUGGGCUGGCGGCAGUCCCUCACGGAGAACCUCCACGCAGACUACUUCCGGGGCAGGGUGUACUACACCCUCAACGUCCUCCGGGAGGACAUAGACAACCCAGACCAGCGGAUCAGCCAAGACACGGAGAGGCUGUGCAAGCAGAUGAGCAACAUGGCCAGUCGGAUCAUCGUCUCCCCCUUCACGCUGGCCUACUACACCUACCAGUGCUACCACAGUACUGGCUGGAUGGGUCCAGUGAGUAUCUUCGGCUACUUUGUGGUGGGGACCAUCUCCAACAAAAUGCUCAUGGGUCCGAUUGUCCACACGCUGUUCCAACAGGAGAAACUAGAGGGCGACUUCAGGUUCAAGCACAUGCAGAUCAGGGUCAACGCGGAGUCUGCUGCCUUUUACAGAGCGGGUAAAGUGGAACACAUGAGGACCGACCGAAGACUGCAGAGUCUGCUGCAGACUCAGAAGAGGCUGAUGAACAAAGAGCUCUGGCUGUACAUCGGGGUGAACACCUUUGACUACCUCGGCGGCUUUCUCAGCUACAUCAUCAUCGCCAUCCCCAUCUUCACGGGCAUCUACGACGACCUCAGCCCCGGGGAACUGAGCGCCCUCAUCAGCCGGAAUGCGUUUGUGUGCAUCUACCUGAUAAAUGGCUUCUCCCAGCUAAUAGACCUGUCCACUACUCUGUCAGACGUGGCUGGGUACACCCACAGGAUCGGAGAGCUCAGGGAGGCGAUGGCGGACAUCUUGCGGAGACAGUGUGAUUACGACCCGGCUUCAGGGGACAACUACGACUUUGACAGUGACUUCAACAUCCACGCGGGCCCGGCCGACACGGCCUUCGUCCUGGACCGGCUGUCCUUCCGCUCCCCGGACUCGGACGAGCUCCUGGUGGAGGAGCUGAGCCUGAAGAUCAGCCAGGGGCGCCACCUGCUGGUGGUGGGGAACACGGGCACCGGCAAGACCUCGCUGCUCCGCGUGCUCAACCGUCUCUGGGAGGCCGACAGCGGUUUUGUUCAGAUGACCACGUGCUUCGGGCCCCGAGGAAUUCUGUUCCUGCCCCAGAAGCCGUACCUCACAGACGGAACGCUGCGUGAGCAGGUGAUCUACCCCUUGAAGGAUAUUUACCCUGCCUCAGGGUCGGUGGACGAUGAAAGAAUAAUCCAGUUUCUGGAACUGGCUGGGGUGUCCAACCUACUGAAGAGGACCGGAGGUCUGGACGAGAAGGUGGACUGGAACUGGUAUGACGUCCUGUCGCCGGGCGAGAUGCAGCGCCUCUGCUUCGCUCGCCUCUUCUACCUGCAGCCCAAAUACGCAGUGUUGGACGAGGCCACCAGUGCGCUCACAGAGGAGGCCGAGGGACAGCUGUACCGGCUGUGCAAACAGCUGGGCAUGACCCUGAUCAGCCUUGGCCACCGCAGCAGCCUGGAGAAGUACCACGACGUCUCCUUGAGGCUGUGUGGAGGAGGCCGCUGGGAGCUGACCACGCUGAAGGAGAACGGGGCCGACGACGGCCAUGUCAUAGAGGACACCGGCCUGUGAGGCCCUCGGCCCGUGAACACCUGAACAGCCUCAGCACCAGGUGUGUGAGGGAUGAACAAUAAAUGCUGAAGGACGAGGCAAGACGCACAUUUGCAGGGUGUUCUUUAGUGGCCGAUGUGGAGCACUGAUGGAAUCGGGAGGAGUUGACUCACUACUAUUUUGCUAAAGGCAGUGUGAUAACGUUUACAGUUGGUUAUUUGGUCGUUACGCAGAAAUGUUUAGGGGAGUUUUACAAGGCAAUGUUUGGCUGGCUAACCUUUCUUGUAAAACAUGAUUUAUUGUAAAUAUAAAUGGAAAUUUAGACUGGAUUGGUCUACAUUUUGUUGUGUGCCUGUUAUUAGAGCAAAAUGUACUUGUAAUAUGCUCUCAUGUCUACAAUCAUUGCACUGAUCAAUAGAUUUUUAAAUAAAAAAAGCUAAAUAGUU